AACAUUUGCCAAAAGAUUGUUUUUUUAUAACCCGUCAACCUGUCAAUUCUCUGAUCUUGUCGUUCAGCACCUGGAACAAACUGAAAGGAAAUACCGGAAUGAAUGAAAGCAAUGAAGAUUCAUUGUUCAACUCGACAUUCCGUCAACGCACGGUGACAUUUUUACGAAUUUAUUGGCGCAGCAUCAUUGCUAUUUGUUGGCCCAUCGCUCUUCUGCCCUUACCCUUAACCACGACUUACAAAGAAACCAAAUGUGCCUAUGUUAUCAUAAUAAUGGCCAUGUUUUGGAUAACAGAAAUAAUACCGCCGGCCAUUACAUCUUUACUGCCUAUCGUUCUAUUUCCUUUUUUCGGAAUACUUGACAGUCGUGAGGUUUCCGAAUGCUACAUGAAUGAUACUAUAAUGGUGUUUAUCGGGGGGCUUGUGUUGGCUAUUGCUGUUGAACACUGUAAUCUCCAUUUUCGAAUUGCUCUUACUGUCAUGAGGUACGUGGGCUGUAGCCAUGGCAGACUUCUCGGCGGGCUUUGUGCAGUCACGGGAUUCUUAUCGAUGUGGAUUUCCAAUACAGCAACGUGCGCUAUGAUGAUUCCCAUCGUCUUUGCUAUUCUCGAAGAACUCGAAAAGGGAGGCUCCAGUAAAGUAUUCCACCAGCUCGCAACAGACCCUGAAGAUCCGGAUCCUCUACCGAUGCUAGAGCCAACAAAUACAACGAAAGCAUAUCUCUUGACAGUGGCUUACACUUCCACAUUCGGCGGGACUAUAACUGUCGUGGGAACCGGUACAAAUUUGAUCUUCAAAGGAAUCUAUGAACAAACCUUUCCUGGCAGCGCUGGUAUUGGAUUCACUCAGUGGUUGACCUGGGCAUUUCCUCUAGGAGUUGUGAAUGUAUUUCUAACAUGGGUAUAUACCCAAGUUUUUUAUUUAGGAUUGUUUCGACCACGUAGUUUUGCUGCUCGCGCUGCCGCCAUUGGGAAUCAAGGAGAAAAUAUAACCAAUCAGGUGAUUAAGGAGAAAUAUGAAAAUUUGGGGCCAAUUACCUUCCACCAAACGGGUGUCGGAAUACUAUUCUUAUUCUGUGUCUUUUUAUGGUUCUUCCGAUCACCCGGAUUUAUGACAGGAUGGGCUGGAGCUGUCAGCAAUUCGUUUGUUCUAUUUUUUUUUAUACAAACAAUAGUUACAGAGAUAAAAAACUCUAUAUUCAAUAAUAAUUAUAUUAAUAUAUUAAUUCUGAUGGAUUGGCAACAAGGGGAGGGCUCGAAAUUUACAUCUGAAUUCACUCAACACAUCCAUAUAAAUAUAGAAAUCGGGGAUUCGGCUCCUGUCAUACUGACUUCUUUGCUGUUAUUUUUCCUUCCAAAAUAUCCGGGUUUCAUCCGAGGAUUCAGUGAUAAUCCAAGAGAGAGACCAGCGAAGCCAUCAGAGAGUCUCAUUACCUGGAAUGUGGUAAAUUCAAAAAUGCCAUGGAAUCUAAUGUUUCUUCUGGGCGGUGGAUUCGCAAUAUCACGGGGAAGUAAUCAGUCCUGUUUAUCAAAACGGAUUGGUUCAGCUAUGACGCCCUUACGUGCACUUCCACCUUUUGUUACCCUAGUUAUCGUAUGUCUUUUUAUUGGAACUGUAACGGAGAUCACAUCCAACAUCGGCAUCGCUAAUAUCAUGCUACCAGUUGUCGCGCAAAUGAGCAUUGCUCUGAAGCAGCAUCCACUUUAUCUCUUGCUGCCGGCUACCAUGUGUUGUUCCCAUACCUUUCGAUUGCCCGUUGGGACCCCUCCAAAUGCAAUCGUCUCCACCGCUGGACACAUUCCAAUCAAGAGUAUGAUCGCCGGCGGCUGCAUACCAGCAGUGUAUAGUUUUUUAUCCCUGAUCAUAAUAUUCUCAACGUGGGGGGUAUAUAUUUAUGAUAUUCAUGAUUUUCCUGAAUGGGCGGCAGCUUCUAAUAACACCAGUAAUGGUCAAUGCGACUGAUCAGUGACAUCGAUCAAAUAUAUGUUAGUCACCAAUACUUCUUUACAAUACCUAUUCCGCUGGUUAGGGUUUUAUUUUAUUAAUCUUUGCAUUAGCUAUCGUCUCUUCAUAGAGGAGAACAAACCGCGUAGAAGCUCAUUUGGCAGAAACUCUAUUACCGUUACUUUCUGCAUUAGGAAUUUUUUCUUUCUCUUAAUUUCUUUGAAUUUCAUUGGUACCAAACUUCCGAAUGGAAGCAAUUUGCAUUUACGAUAAUAAUAAAUCAAUUGAUUUGUGUUACCGGUACAUCCAUUCGGAAAUACAAGAUAAGAGC